GGCACCGUUAUAUUGGCCCGUUACGCAGGAGAGAGACUCAGCACUUCACCACCGGCUGCUCAUCCUCAGACCAACCGGAGACUGGAAAACAUGUUGCUCAGCUGUUUGCCGGUCGUCGUCCUCCUCCUCCUGGCAACUGCCUCCGAAGGAACGACAGAGUACAAUGCCGCCACCACCACCGAUGUGGGAUUAACCAAUGAGACAUCCACCACUGCUGCAGCCUAUUCCACGGCUGUAGAAGCGACCAGCGACAAUGGAACCAGCGGUUUUACAACUUCACUUCCACUGACUACAGAGCAGCUCACAGCUUCAGCAACAACCGUAGGAAACGCCACAACAGAAUCUGCAACUGUGGAAUCAAACGUCACCAGUGCACAGACGACUCUCUCCCAUCCGAACAACAGCACCGGGACUACCACAGAAACCGUCAGCGGCAACGCAACUGACAAUAACUUCACCACUUGGAGCCCAACGCAAUCUGCGUCAUCUCCGUCCAAUGCCACAGUGCUGUCCACUACCAGCGCAGAGACGAGCGCCACCAACACGAGUGAGACGACAAGUACAACAACUGCACCUUCUUCAGCUCACACACUGACCAGCAAUGGCACAACAAUGUCUACACAAGUCACACACACAAGCAACAACACCACUAUGACUACACCAAGCAACAACACCACUAUGACUACACCAGGCAACAACACCACUAUGACUACACCAAGCAACAACACCACAAUGACUACAUCAAGCAACAACACAACAAUGACUACAUCAAGCAACAACAUCACUAUGACUACACCAAGCAACAACACGACAAUGACUACACCAAGCAACAACAUCACUAUGACUACACCAAGCAACAACAUCACUAUGACUACACCAAGCAACAACACGACAAUGACUACACCAGGCAAUAACACCACUAUGACUACACCAGGCAAUAACACCACUAUGACUACACCAGGCAAUAACACCACUAUGACUACACCAAGCAACAACACCACUAUGACUACACCAAGCAACAACAUCACUUUGACUACACCAAGCAACAACACGACAAUGACUACACCAAGCAACAACACGACAAUGACUACACCAAGCAACAACACAACAAUGACUACACCAAGCAACAACACGACAAUGACUACACCAAGCAACAACAUCACUAUGACUACACCAAGCAACAACAUCACUAUGACUACACCAAGCAACAACAUGACAAUGACUACACCAAGCAACAACACAACAAUGACUACACCAAGCAACAACAUCACUAUGACUACACCAAGCAACAACAUCACUAUGACUACACCAAGCAACAACAUGACAAUGACUACACCAAGCAACAACACAACAAUGACUACAUCAAGCAACUACACAACAAUGACUACACCAGGCAACAAUGCCACUAUGACUACACCGAGCAACAACACCACUAUGACUACACCAAGCAACAACACCACUAUGACUACACCAGGCAACAACAAUGCCACAAUGACUACACCAGGCAACAACAACAUCACUAUGACUACACCAAGCAACAACAACACAACGACUACACCAAGCAACAACAUAACGACUACACCAAGCAACAACAUAACAAUGACUACACCCGCCACACAAACGACCAACAACACAACCCCAUUUACAGCCACAACACAAACCAGCAACAGCACAACAACCACACGUCCAGUAACACCAGACAACUCCACAUCUGUAGUUACCACCACUACGCCCACAAACUCCACUCUCACCUCCCCUGAGACCCCCCCAACCUCGUCCUCCACCAUCAGCAGCAAUGCAACAGUCGGACCCCCACCCACUACACCUACUUUCAACUCCACCUCCGUCCCUCCAAACACCUCCCCCGGCAGUAGCGCCGCAACCCCCACCGGAAACACCACCACCCUUAGUCCCUCAGCAACAACCACCGGAGUCACCACGAGUUCAACUGAACCAGGCAAUGCCACCACAGCCUCAUCCACCACCGCCGCCGUCACCACCACCACCAACACCGUCACCAACUCCACCACGGCAGCUCCGCCCAUCAUCCCCACCCUGAGCCCAGUCAUCGAGUGCUCCUCCUGCCCACUGGACAGCGUUUGUCUCGACGGCACGUGCCAGUGUCUCACCGGCAGCUUCCUGCUGGACGGCCGCUGCGUCCCCGCCCAAGUGUUCCCAGGCCGGCUUCAUUUCAUGUCCUUGACGUUUCGACCUGAAAUGAGCAACAGGUCGUCGACAUUAUUCCAGGCGACGGCGGCCAACAUCUCAGCAGCGCUCCGAGAUGCCCUGAAGAACCAGCCGGGGUAUUUACGAUCUGAUGUCGUUCAACUCCAACCGGGAAGUGUGCAAGCGACCGUGAACAACAUCUUCGAAAGCACCGACGCCACGCAGGAGUCUGUGGAUAAGUCCAUCGCGGACGCUAUAGCCGACCCAGCCAACGCCAACGGCUUCUUUAGUAACGUGACGUUCACAGGUACCGACCUGUGCGAGCAGGUGCCACUGCCCUGCGACGCCGCCACUGCAACGUGCAGUAGUGCAAACGGCCGCGCUCGCUGCUCCUGUCGCGAGGGCUUCGUCUCCAUCGUGUACUCAAACACCAGCUGCGCAGCUUGUCCGAGCGGACAGAGGGCAGUGGGAAACACGUGCGAACCAUGUGCAUUUGGAUACUCCGGCUUCAACUGCAAUGACUCUGCUCUGCUGGCGGUGGUGGUCAUCUCCUGUGUACUGGGAGGAGUUCUGCUCCUGCUCAUCCUGGCGCUGCUCGUGUACUGCUGCUGGCGGAGAUGCUCACAGGGCAAACCAGACUACAGCAGUAGUCCGUACGCGUCGGGCGAGGUAACCCAGCCCUGGCCCCCGGGCAUCACCGCCAUCCCCCGCGCCACCACCAACUGGGAGUCGGACCCGGCCAUGGAGAUGGCAGAAGCGGGCAGCACGCGAGUCUUGGUGGACAGAAAGCAUCAAACCAACGGAAUGGGGUUUCAGCCGAAGCAGUUGAGAUGGAAAAAGUCGGGAUCGUACGAUCUGAACCCGGAAGCGAUGAAGACCUUCAAAGGUAAAAACCCCUCCCGCUACUCGUACCUGGUCCAAGGCCACGAGAACCCCUACUUCUUACCGGGAGAUGACAACAAGAGAGACUGAAGGAGAAAUCAAAAAUCUGUUCAGGGAGAAAACAUCCGAUGGAGAAGACGACACUGAUUUAAAAUACGCUGAGACUACAGGCACAUGGUCCGGGUUAUUUAUACAAUGUUUGAAGUCGCUCGUGAUCGAUGACCAAUCACAAGAAGAACAUUUCUUAACCAGGAAAAAACAGCCACCAAAGAGAUUCAUUCAUGGGCAAAUACUAUUUUUGUAAUUUAAAAGAGAAAAUAAUGUGUGCAUCAUGUCUGUUCUUGCUUGUUAUAACCAGUAGAUGUCGCUGUUGCUUAAUAUAAUGUAGAUACAUCUGUUUUUUGUAAAGGUACUUUUUUUUUAAUCAUUCAGUAGUCUUUUGAAAAAUGAAGUUUAAUAUAUUGCCAAUUGCACUAAAGUGUGUGUGUGUGUGUGUGUGUGUGUGUGUGUGUGUGUCUGUGUGUGUGUGAAGUUUACCAGCAGUUUCCUCUGAAAUCAACAGUGAAAUGAAUGUGGGGUUUUCUGGGGCAGUAAAUAUGUUUUUGAUUCUUUUUUCUAAGGACAUACAUCUUGAAUGACUGAAGGGGCUGGAUCCCUGGUUCGGGGUUCUUUUUCUUUUUUUUUAUUAAAAAAAAGCUAAGUCAUUUACAUUGCAGUUGUCUGAAGCUGAGUGCUGUCUGUAGUUGUUGAAGCUGCACUUUGUGAAAAAUGUGCCUGUCUUUGACGGUCCGUUCGACAAAUAGGUAGCGUUUAUUCAAAGGGCGACGACGAGGCCCGCCGCCCGGAUGUGCCAACUAUCACGUGUGUACAUUUCUUCUGGGGAAAAAAAUCCUACAUAUAUAUAUAUAUAUAUAUAUAUAUUUAUCCUUGCGUGUCUGAGACGGGGCACUAUUUUAUAAGUGUGUAAAGUUUUUGUAAACAUUCUAAGAUGUGUGUGUGUGUGUGUGUGGAAUGGAAAUAAAUACAUUUAAAUAAAAAAA